AUGAUCAUUCGGGCAUCUCAAGAACAGUGCACGAUGCCACUUUGGAUUGCUGAAAUAAUCAACGGGGAGACAUGGAUCUUCGGCGUUUUAAUGUGCAAAAUCACCACAUUUCUCAGCUUGAUUAACUUCUACGGCUCAACAUUUUUCUUGGUCGCCAUAUCGCUAGAUCGUUUCUUUGCUAUUGCAUAUCCGCUGCAGACGUUAUCUUAUCGUUCUGCCAGAAACGCAGUGUGGAUUUCCGCCUCGAUUUGGGUGAUUGUUUCCUGCGGCUCUUGCUUAGCGCUUUUUCACAGAGUUCUGGUUGAAUGGCGACUUGAAGAAAAUUCAAAUGAAUGGACGUACAGUAUUUGUCAGCGAAAUUACAAAAGAGAAAAUGCAACGCCGUGUUACUGCGUCUGGAAAGACGAGUUCAACGAGAGAUAUUCCAAUUUCAGACUCAUUAUUGGAUUUAUCUCCUUGUUUCUGAUUUGCGCUACUUAUGUUUGGAUUUUGUGCAAAUUGAAAAUAUUCAAAGUUUCGGGCGGCCAGUCGUUAAACUCGUCUAGUUCACAAGCAAGGGACGCAAACAGACGAAACAUUACAAUACAGUUGAGCAUCAUGACGUUCACUUUCUUCGUGUGCUGGCUGCCAAAAAAUAUUCUAAGCCUCUUGAAAAUAAUUUAUCCGGAGCUGAUAAGUUACCAAAAUCCCAUUCAGAUUUCAGUCGCCAUCGCCUACAUGAAUGCCGCUUUAUCGCCCAUCUGCUACCUCGUUUUAUCAAAAAAACUGUCAAGUCUUUUGUCCACUUGUGUUCUGAAUACGAUAAAAUGUUACGAUUCCUCGCUAAAUAAUAUAGGAGGAGCUGAUGGCGCGGAGUAUAAGUUGAAGAUUGAUGCUGAUGAAAUUGAAGAAACCGUCUCCAGCAAGCUACAAUGUGCGUUUUCUUCUUCACUGCCACAGCAGCAAACCAAGCGACCCUAA